AUGGAGUCUCGAAGAAGACUCGCCAUUCUUUGCUCCCACCUACACCCCUCGUCCGCUUCACCUGUUGCUUCCUCCCAAUCACAGUUUCUGUCUCCUUGUAAUUCUUCUUCUGAUUCUAAUUUUAUGAUGGGCUCCGGCGGUGGUGGUGGCGGCGAAAAACAGAGGGACCAAGAUUGUGUCUUUUGCUCUAUUGUUCGCGGCCAAUCUUCGGCCUUCAAACUUUACGAAGAUGAUUCUUGCCUCUGUAUUUUGGACCGAAACCCGUUGAGUCAUGGGCAUUCCCUUAUUAUACCAAAGGCUCACUUUUCUACCUUGGAGUCAACCCCUCCAUCUUUGGUGGCAGCAAUGUGUUCAAAGGCACCUUUUAUUGCGAAUGCUCUUAUGAAGGCCACUGGCUCUGAUUCAUUCAACAUGCUAGUGAAUAACGGGGCAGCUGCAGGGCAAGUUAUAUACCAUACGCAUAUCCAUAUAAUCCCUCGCAAGACGAACGAUUGCUUGUGGACGACUGAGAGUUUGCCAAGGUAUCCCAUAAUCUUCGAUCAGGAAGCUUCCCGUCUCGUUUCAUCCAUCCGAGAGCAGCUGACAAACGUUUAUGGUGAUUACAAGGGCCAGGAAUCAGGGCUAUCUCGAUUCUCUCUCUGA